AUGUCGUAUCGCGAAUUAAGGAACCUCUGUGAAAUGUGCCGGAUCGCCGGUUUCCCAAGGCCUAUUUCCAUCGACUCAUUUCGGGAACCGAAUUUCCCACUUGUCGCUGAAUUAUUGGAAUGGAUCGUGUUACGUUUUGAACCAAACGCGCUGAUGUCAACAAAGUGCAGCACUGAGCAGGAGAGGGUAAUCUUCAUCAAAAGCGCAGUGCUGUUGCUGAUUCAGAAUGCGAGGAUCAAGCUGAAUCCGAAAAAGCUGUACAUGGCCGACGGUCACGCCGUCCAGGAACUCGUCCAACCUUUGAAAAUCCUGUCGCUAGCGGAUAGAGGAAGCACGAGUGAGGCCCAUGCCGUGACUAUACCCGUGAUCCGUACGAAAUUGGCGACAAAGCUCCAAGAGGUCCGUCAAUGCGCCUCGCUUGCCGCCCAGCUACCCCAAACCGGGUCGGCGUUGAGCUCGUUGCUUGAGAAGGAGCUGCACUAUCGGGCCGACCGUAGCCGUGCUCUAUCCCGUGCCCUGCCACCGUCCGAAGCCGAGAAAGCACUCCGAAAUGCUACCACAGCGCUUUCGACAUUGGCCACCCAAACGGAGGAUAAACUCAACAACGUUACCUCUGAUGAAAAGGCGCUUGACGAGAAAAUUGAGAGGAAGCGCAGGGAGUACGAGCAGAUGCAGAAGCGGCUGGCUAAAUUGCAGUCAUUCCGCCCUCAAUACAUGGACGAGUACGAAAAAUACGAGACGAAACUGAAGCAAUUGUAUGAUAUUUACGUGCUCAAAUUUCGGAACUUGUCGUAUCUACAACUACAGAUGGUGGAGAUGGAGAGGGCAGACAGGCAGAGACAAGCAGAGACUGAGACUAAUAUGCGACAGGUCGUCGAAAAGAUGCGCACCGACAACGCGAACCAGGCCCCGCCCAUUGACGUCUCCGAGCUGGAUGACGAGCCGGAAGCGAUGCGACCGACUGGAGGAGCUCGCCGCAUCUACGGUAACAUGAUGGGUGUCGGUUUCUCGGAUGAGGAAGAGGACAGUGAUGAUGACGUGGAUGUUAGCGAUGGAGAUGAGGAAAUUGACCAUGGAAGAGCAAUGAAGGACCGAAUUCCGGCCGCUGGCCGUUCUCGAAAGCCGGUGCAGCAUUUGGAGCUUGAAGACGUCGAGGACGAGAUGGCGCCCCGGGAGGGAGAUAGCGGCGAUGAUUUU